GCCAUGACUGUCAAAACUUCAGUUUCUUUUUCGAUACUUGCCGAAUAGUAAUAUCAAAAUUUUAAAUAUUUACAAAAACAUAAAUCAUAUUUUCCGAAAAAAAAAAUUAAACGUUAGGCGAUCGCAAGUGAUUCUGCAUCCAAAGUUUCCGUGCCAGGAUGUGCAUGCCGUAUCUGAAUAAACUCUUUAGCAGCGGUGAUCGUCGAGAGCGUCGCACCCGGAAUGGUGGCAUUACCCCAUUGCCCAGUCUGGUCAAUGCUACCCAGGUCUCGGCGGAUACUGUGCGCACGGUUAAGUCUGGAAAAUCAGCAAAAUCAGCUAAGUCUGGAAAAUCUGGUAAAUCGGCUAGCCGAAGAAGCACCACUAAAAACAAUGGACCCCAAGCUAAGUCUAGUGAUAGUAGCCUAGAGUCUAAUGCGGAGCAAUCUUUGGCGGCCGCCUCUCCAGGGGCUGUUCGCAAUACAGCCGCCUCGGCGGCCCCAAAUGUUGCACCUGACGAUGAAUCGAGGAUGCGCAGAUCCUGGUGGGGAUACUUUGGCAUGAACAAGAACAAGAAGCCCAGCAUCGAGUCGCUCUAGGUGUUCUGGAUCUUUAAAGAUAUAUCGAUAUCGGAUUGAAACGGGCUAGCAAAGAAGACCGCUUUGACAUGAUCAGACAUAGAUCAAGCAUAGAUUUUGGGCUGAAACUUGCUGGCAUAAACCUAAAACAUGAAUAAAUUCGGCUUCUUCGAUUCUGA